CUGUCCCUGAGACGGUUAAAAUAAAGUUGUUUAUUUCAUAUGUUUCUGUGAUAGAGAGAUGCUUAAUAAUUACAAGAUAAGUUGAUAAAAGUGUAAAAUUGAUUAAAAAAAACAUGUCUAAAAUAUGUGACAAAAUAUGGGUUUGUAAAGUGCUGUAAAGUUUGUAUGAGGUAGAGUUUGUAAUGGUCACAUGACCAGAGUUUGGUUGAGAGCGCAACCAUGGCAUGGUGAAGCUAGCAUGGAUACAGAGCUACAGAUGCAUCUACAGUCGCAACGUUAAUGUCAUUCUGCAUGUGGUCCAAGAGGCGCACACGUUUUCACGGUGUCUGAAGACAAUAAUAGUCAGAGAGAGAGAGAAAUAAAUUUCCGAAGACAUCAGUAUGAUGCGUGGCCAUUCUUUGUUGGACCCCUGUAGUUACAGUGAAAACGUACCGCCAACGUGGCUGGAAGCUCGACGUUAGAAGCAGUGUAUGUUCCAGAAUAAGAAAAGAAGAAAGGUUCUUGACAGCGCAGUGUGUGUGGUUCGAGAACACAGCGGAAAAGAGGCUUGCAAACUCAAAAAGAGGAAACACCAUUAUUGGCGCUUUGGACGGCAACGACCACGACUUCACCAAUAGAGGGCGACAUUGACCACCAUAAACUACAGCUCUGCAACUCUCUGCCGCUGCACACAGCAAGAACUGUAUAAUCCCUGGCGGUCUUCAAGGAAAAGAUAACGGCUCUGCAUUCAGCGUCAGGUUGGGCUGUGAUAUAUGCACAACUGUUAGUAAAGUUUGGAGAGGUCUAUUAAAAUAAUAAUUUAUUUUGUAUGAGAAAUGUUUUGAGUUAAAGGUAACCAACCUGUCAUUAUAGCCAAACUGUUCCCUUUUAUUUUACAAGUGGUGUUGUUUAAAGUAUUCUAAUAAUGUUUAAGAGUUCAACUUAAAAGAAGACUAACAAGGGGUGUAGUUAAGCAAACUGUUGCAAGAAUCAGAUUGUAUUGAGAAUUAUAUGUUUGCCAGGAUCGCAUGUACAUAUAGCAACAACUUGUUUAUGCAGCAGGUUUGGUGAAACAUGUACAAUGUCAGUAAACACAGAAAAAUCACAUAUUGAAGAAUGCAGAGAACAAAUUGAUUCCCUUAAGGGAGAGUUGAGUAGAUUGAAUGAACAAUUGAAAUUACAGACUGAUGAUGUUGAAAGGGAGAAAUUGGAGUUACUCAUAGGUGAUAUUCAUGCUAAAAUAGAAAUCAAGCAGAAGCCUGCCUCUAAUACUUCAAGACUAGAGCCCAGGAAAUCCUCAAGGGAGCGAAAGUUAACGCCCAAAAUGCUAGAACUUAAGCAACAAGAGUUUUCUCAGAAGGAGAGUAAAUUUAUCAAACUAUAUGAAAGCUGGAAAGAACAAGUUAAAGCUACACGUUCCAAACUUAAAGAAGAGUGCUCUGACCAGGAAUUAGCUGACAUGAUGGAUACUGUCGAAGGGCUGGAGACACAAGUGAAAAAUACAUACGAAGAUAUAAGAUCGCAGUCAGCCCCUUCUACUGAGACUAGAAGAAAAAUUGAUUCCUGCACAGCAGUUACAGCGGACUUGAUGAGAAUACUUAAAGUACGUAUGAGUGAAGUGGGGCAAGAAGAGUUUGAUGCUAAGGCAGAAAAUGCGAGACUUCACAUGGUGCUAGACAGAGAAUAUGCUCAGUCAAUAUUUGGGACUACAAUCUCCCGACCUUCUGUACGUAGCUACCGCUCAAGCUGUUUAUCGGAGCAGCAAAGCAUCAAUGCAAAAAAGGCAGAGUGUGCUGCACAGCUUGCCGCGAAGCAGGCCGAGAUAGAGAUGGAGGAGGCUAUUGCUACACAAAGGCAAGAGCUUAAAAGACUAGAAAAUCAGCGAGAUCUUCAGGUAAUAACUGCAAAGCUAAAAGCUUAUUCUCAAGCAGAUUCAAGUGAAGCCUGUGGAGAAGACAAAAGCGCACACAGUGAGGUAGUCAGUUGUCCUCCAUUAGCUCCUGAAGAAAUCAUACCAGAGAAAACCUACAAGAAUAAUAACAAUGAACAACCAAACAAUAAUAACAAUGAGUCAUUGUUAAUGCAAGCCUUGCAUGACACAAUGGUCCUCACCAGACUUCCUGCACCUGAGCCCCCAGUCUUCUCAGGGGACCCACUUAAGUUCUUAGAGUGGAGCACUAGUUUCAAAGCUUUGAUAGAACGGCGAUGCACAAAUCCAGCUGACAGGUUGUUCUACCUACGCAAAUACAUCAGUGGAGAAGCACGGUCUGUAUUGGAGGGAAGCUUUUACAGAAAAGAUGACGAAGCAUAUGACCAAGCUUGGGAAGCUUUGAAUGCUCGGUAUGGCCACCCCUUUGUAAUUCAGCGUGCAUUUAGGGAAAAACUGAACAACUGGCCAAAGAUUGGUUCAAGAGAGUCGCUUAAACUGAGACAGUUCAGUGAUUUUCUGACAGCCUGCAGCAAUGCUAUGCCAUACAUCAAAGAACUGCAGGUGUUAAAUGACUGUGAAGAGAAUCAAAAAUUGCUCCAAAAACUUCCUGACUGGGUGACUUCUCGUUGGAAUCGUCAUGUCACAGUGCAGUUACGGCAAACAGAAGAAUAUCCAAGCUUCAAACAAUUCGCUGACUUUGUUGCACAAGAAGCGGAAGUUGCAUGCAAUCCCGUAACAUCAUUUCAUGCCUUGAAACACACUGAAGAAAGGUCAGCUAGAGACAUAAAGCGUCCAAGGGCUAAUGCAUACAUCACAAAUGUGAAAGCAUCGGACAGAACAACCACAGGAUACAGCGGAGUGGAGAACAAUUCAAAUGAGGCUGAUAUAGAAAGAAAAGCACAUGCUUUGCCAUCAAACUCAGUCACAUGUAUUUGCUGUGGAGAAAGCCAUUCUAUUCACAAAUGCCAGACCUUUGUUAAAAUGUCCGUGGAGAACAAGAGAAAGUUCAUACUCGACAAUAACCUGUGCUUUGGCUGUCUCAGAAGAGGACACAAUUCAAAAGACUGUAAGCGCAAGGCGACUUGUGGGGUUUGUAAAAAACAUCAUCCAACAGCUCUUCACGAAGACCGUCCAACGACUGCAGUGAACACAUCAUCACAUAGAACGCAGGCAGAAGAAAACAUCUCUGCACUUUCUUGUUGCAUGGACAGAGGAGAUGGUGGGAGCACAUCCAUGAUAGUCCCUGUGUGGGUUUCUUCAACCACCACUCCAGAGAGAGAGACCUUAGUGUAUGCUCUAUUAGAUACACAGAGCAGCAACACUUUUGUAGAUCAAGGGGUAUGUGAGGAGAUGGGGAUGAGUUUAGAGCCAGUGAAGUUAAAGCUAACCACUAUGAUGGGAAGAGAUUCCAUUGUUCAGAGCGAAAGAGUUAGUGGGCUCAGAGUUAGAGGGUUUUCCUCCAAAAGCUUUAUCAACUUGCCACUUGCCUAUACCAGAGACUUCAUCCCACUUGAACGUUCACACAUUCCCACCUCUGAAACUGCCAAAAGAUGGAAACAUCUAAUCAGAAUAGCACAGGAGAUGCCCGAGUUGAUGGAUUGCAAGGUCGGGCUGUUAAUAGGCUAUGACUGUCCUAGAGCACUGGCACCACGGCAGGUAAUCGCGGGAGGUGACGAAGAGCCAUAUGCAAUCAAGACAGACCUGGGCUGGAGCAUUGUUGGCAGUUCACAAAAAAUGGCAACAUCAGCAGAAGUGACAGGCCUGUGCCAUCGCUUAUCUGUUAAGGAACUUCCACCCUUGACACCAGCCACCAUCAUCAGAGUACUUGAGUCAGAUUUCAAAGACACAGCUCCUGGAGAAAAGAGCAUAUCACAAGAUGACAUACAGUUCAUGCAUCUGCUAAAUGAGAAAAUACACCAGAAUGCUGAUGGGCAUCUAGAGAUGCCACUUCCCUUUAAGGCACGCCCUCAGCUGCCAGAAAAUAAGCGUCUGGCUCUGGUGCGGCUUAAGCAGCUGAAAGGGAAGUUUGAGAAAAACCCCAAAUUUAAGGACGAUUAUGUAAGGUUCAUGGACAAUGUGUUCAAGGAAGGUGAUGCUGAAAGAGCUGAAGAUGAUCCCAAAGAAGGAAAUAUGUGGUAUAUUCCACAUCAAGGCGUCUAUCACCCAAGAAAACCAGAAAAAAUCAGGGUUGUGUUUGACUGCUCUGCAAAGUACAGUGGCACAGCUCUGAAUGAUCACCUCUUGACUGGGCCUGACCUCAUCAACAGUUUGACUGGAGUACUCUGCCGAUUUCGCCAACAUCCAAUUGCAAUCAUCUGUGAUGUAGAGAAGAUGUUUCACAGAUUUCAUGUAAACAGAGAGGACAGAAAUUACUUGCGAUUCCUGUGGUGGGAAAAUGGUGAAACAAACACAGAGCCAAAAGAAUAUUGCAUGAAAGUCCAUCUUUUCGGGGCCGCAUCCUCACCAGGCUGCGCAAAUUAUGCAAUGAAGUAUCUUGCGAGCCAAAAUGAAAGGGAACACCCCACAGCAGCCAACUUCAUAAGAAGUAGUUUCUAUGUUGAUGAUGGGCUAAUCAGUGUAAAAACUGUGAAUGCAGCCAUUGAACUAGUGAGAGAUGUGCGGAAGGUGUGUGCAAAGGCAAGACUACGGCUCCACAAGUUCAUAUCCAACAACAGAGAAGUCCUGGAGUCAAUUCCAGAUAGUGAACGAGCUAGUGGAGCCCAGGAUGUGGACAUCAGUCAUCAUGAACUCCCAGUUCAGACUGUGUUGGGAGUAAGGUGGAGUGUAAGCAGUGACACCUUUUCCUUUAAAGUUGUCCUGGAGGAGAAACCAGUAACACGACGGGGAAUUCUGUCCAUUAUAGCCUCUGUGUUUGACCCAUUAGGCUUCUUAGCUCCUUUCCUUCUAAUAGGAAAGAAAAUUCUACAGGAAAUGUGUCUAAAGAGCAUUGGAUGGGAUGAGCCACUGCCUGGUGAAUUGAAGCCACAGUGGGAGAGUUGGGUCACUGAUCUGAAGAACCUGCAGAGGCUCCAAAUCCCAAGAUGCUUUGUACCUGAAAGCCUUGGGAAAGUCCAGAGAAUAGAACUCCACCACUUUUCAGAUGCGAGCAAUCGCGGGUAUGGUCAGUGCUCAUAUAUCCGGGUGGUGAGUGAAGACAGAGUGUAUUGCUCCUUAGUCAUGGGCAAAGCAAGAGUUGCACCCACGAGAGUUGUAACCAUACCAAGGCUGGAAUUAACAGCAGCAGUGGUGUCCUCAGCAGUCAGCAGAAUGCUAAAAGAGGAACUGGAGCUCAAAAUUGACCAAGAGUAUUUCUGGACUGAUUCACAGGUGGUUUUGGGCUACAUUAACAAUGAAGCCCGCAGAUUUCACGUUUUUGUUGCUAAUAGAGUGCAAAGAAUCAGAGAAGCAACUGAUCCAGCACAGUGGCACUAUGUUGACACCAAUCAAAAUCCAGCGGAUCACGCUUCCAGAGGCCUCACAGUAGCGGAACUGAUCAGUUCAAAUUGGCUCGUUGGACCUCAUUUCCUGUGGGAAAGAGAGUUUGUCACAUCAGACUCAGCUCCAGACCUUCUGGUAGGUGAUCCAGAGAUCAAAACGACACAAAUACUACAAACAAAGGUAGUAGAGGACGGGAACUUCUUGGAGAGACUCAAAAGGUUCUCAAAAUGGCAUACAGCAGUAAAUGUAGUUGCUAGGAUCCAGCAACUAGCCAAAAGAGCCAAUGCAACAAAGGGUAUAAAUGUGGAAGACAGGAGAAAAGCAAGUCAUGUGCUUAUAAAAUUAGCACAAGAAGAUGCUUUCAAGGAGGAAAUACAAACACUGAGCCAUGGUAAAUUACCACAGAGCCAUCCUUUGUUCCAACUUGACCCAAUAGUGCAAGACGGUGUUCUCAGAGUAGGAGGGCGGUUAAGGAAGGCUUCCUUACCGCUUGACUUGAGGCAUCCAAUAAUCCUACCCAAACAUGGCAUAAUUACACACCUGAUUUUAGAUCAGUGCCAUGAGAAAACCCAGCAUCAAGGCAGAGGACAGACACUUAAUGAGCUGAGAUCAAAUGGCUUCUGGGUUGUUGGUGGGAGCAAAGUCGUGGCUAAUCACAUUAAGCAAUGUGUUACAUGCAGGAGAGCUCGCAGGCCAACAGAAACACAAAGGAUGGCUGAUUUACCGGCCGCUCGUGUUGACCCCUCACCACCAUUUUCCUAUUGCGGGAUGGAUUGCUUUGGACCUUUCCAUACUAAGCAAAACCGCAAGGACUAUAAGAGGUACGGUCUUAUAUUCUCUUGUUUGUCCUCUAGAUCAGUCCACAUAGAAAUGUUGGAAGAUCUCACGACAGAUGCCUUCAUAAAUGCUUUACGGUGUUUUAUAGCUAUUCGUGGAGCCAUCAGACAAAUCAGAUCUGAUCAAGGAACAAACUUUGUUGGGGCAAAAAAUGAACUGACAAAGGCCUUAAAGGAAGUAGAUAAGGACAGACUGUCUGCUUACCUGGCCAGGAAACAGUGUGACUUUGUUAUGAAUGUGCCCGACGCCAGCCACAUGGGAGGUGUUUGGGAACGGCAGAUAAGGACAGUCAGGGGUGUCUUAACCAAGGUCCUUUCACAGAGUGCUGGAAGAUUAGAUGAUGCUUCUUUGAGAACAUUUUUCUAUGAAGCCAUGUUGAUUGUUAAUAGCCGUCCUCUCACCACCGACAGCAUCAGUGAUCCCAAAGGCUUAGAGCCACUCACCCCAAACCAUUUACUCACCAUGAAAACCUCUGUACCACUGCCUCCACCUGGAAAAUUUGUGCCAGAAGAUCUGUAUGCCAGGAAAAGGUGGCGCAGAGUUCAAUAUUUGGCAGAGCAAUUCUGGAGUAGAUGGAGGAAUGAGUACCUCACAAAUAUCACACUAAGACAACGCUGGCACUCUCCAAGACGAAAUGUUAGAAUAGACGACAUUGUCAUUGUGAAAGAAGAAGGAAUCCCUCGGAGUGAAUGGAAGCUUGGGAGAGUACUGGAUGUUUGCAAAGAUGAAGACGGUCUGGUUCGAAAAGCCAGAAUACAACUAGGAAAUAGAAAACUAUCGAAAGAGGGUGAAAGGCUCAAUAAACCAUCCACUCUUGAACGCCCUAUACAUAAAUUAGUGGUCCUAAUAGAAAGUAAUUAGAAUGUCCCAGUGGAACUUCUGUAAAUGUGUAUGGGAUGGUUAAAGUAUUAGACUUGACUUGCAAGUUGGUCACAAUUAAGUACUGUUUGGUUCUGUAAAUUCCUAGAUUUAUUCAAAUUACUCACAUUUCAUAAAUCAUAGUAAUUUGGUGGGAGUGUAACUGUCCCUGAGACGGUUAAAAUAAAGUUGUUUAUUUCAUAUGUUUCUGUGAUAGAGAGAUGCUUAAUAAUUACAAGAUAAGUUGAUAAAAGUGUAAAAUUGAUUAAAAAAAACAUGUCUAAAAUAUGUGACAAAAUAUGGGUUUGUAAAGUGCUGUAAAGUUUGUAUGAGGUAGAGUUUGUAAUGGUCACAUGACCAGAGUUUGGUUGAGAGCGCAACCAUGGCAUGGUGAAGCUAGCAUGGAUACAGAGCUACAGAUGCAUCUACAGUCGCAACGUUAAUGUCAUUCUGCAUGUGGUCCAAGAGGCGCACACGGUAUGGUUUCAUGUAUAAUGUUUGUAUAAUGUUGCAUACGUGUUCUACACUUGUAAUGAGAGGACAUUUUUGUGAUAUACAUUAUUGUGCAUUUUUUCUGUUCUGCUUGCACAGGACUGUUUAUGGACAAUGAUAUGAGAGACUGAUAAGCUCAAACAGUUAUGUUGUAAACUUUGUGUUUCUUCAGUUUUCACGGUGUCUGAAGACAAUAAUAGUCAGAGAGAGAGAGAAAUAAAUUUCCGAAGACAUCA